AUGAUUGUUGUUUCUAUAAAUUAUUACAAAUCUGUAAUGAGUUUUAUAUGUUUUCUUAUUAUUUUAUUUUUUUCAAUUUCAAAUAAAUUUAUUUUUUGUAAAUUUGGAUCAGAUAAUCAUUCGAUUUCAUCAUCUUUGUUGGAAUCAGUUGAGAAGGCAAGAACUAACCUCAAAGUAAUUCAAGAAUUAAUUUAUUUUUCACAGGAGUUUCAAGAAUUAUACAAGCUCACUAGGGAUGAAAUUUUGAAGUUUGGUGACAUUAUCAAGACCAUUCCAAAUCACGAUUCCUACACACAUAACAGGUUUACACAGGUUUCUGAACCGGCAAAUGAAGGCAAAAUAAGGGAGAGUUUAUAUGUAACUCAGCUCAAGAGAUCAAGUCCACAAUCAACUGUUUCAAUAGACGUUAAAGAGGUAUUGAUUAAUGUUGGAGAUAUUGUUAAAAACUCAACCGAACUAAACUCAUUCACUGAAGAUCCUUAUGAAAAUUAUUUUGAAGAUGAACUUCAAAGGAUGGAAUCUGAGAGUUAG